UGUGCCGUUUCUUUGUAAAUGAAUACAUUUUUCAAAAAUGUUCAAUAUGUAUAUAAUGUGUAAAUUAAUUGUAACAUUUUCUUCAUUUCAGGCAUAAGCUCAGAAAAAAUGGAAAGAAACUAACCUCUUGCCUUUCAUCUGCCAGUCCUUACUUACUACCCACCACAUGUUCACACCCCCACAAGACACACACUUGCCCAUUAUCACUCAGUGAGACAGAAAAAACCCCAAGAGGAGCUUAUUGUGUUUUUCAGUGCAAUAAGUGUAACAAUGGAUAAAAACUUUGAAUCCAAGCUGCUGCUGCUGAUGCUGUUCAUGAAUAUUACAGUUUCAGUAUCAGCUAUCCAGCACGUGAAAGUGUCAUGCCGUAAUGAGAUCUGUGCUCUGAAGGAGUCAUCUGUGAACCUGAUGUGUUCGUACUCAAAUAUCGUCAUCACCACUGGCUUCUGGUUCAGCCUAAAGGACAAAGCUAAAUGGAGGAAGGAGGAACAGCCAGAGGACUUAGCUUUAGACUCAGACUAUGCAGGACGUGUGAGCUACACAGAAAUGACAAACUUCAGCUCGACUCUUACAAUAACAGACCUGAGAGAGAGAGACUCAGGGGAAUAUCGCCUCAUGUUCUUUACGGAUAAAGGAGAGAAAUAUCUGAGCUCAGCUGGAGUUACUCUAACAGUUACAGACCUGCAGGUGACCCGUGACUCCACAGAACAAUCUCUAACCUGCCGCACUUCCUGCCUUCUGACAUUUGCUCUUCACCGGUACUACUGGUACAGGAAUGGACAUUUCUUCAACAAUUACACAGACAACAUGGAAACAUUCCCUUUAAGAAAUGCCGAAGAAGGCAGUUACUCCUGCUCUGUUCACGGCUAUAAUGAGAUUCUCUCUCCUCCACUGUGUGUUGGCAGGAACUGUUGGAGUGUGACCUACCCAGAGAAAAGAGUCUGUGCUUUGGCAGAGUGUCAGUGAAGUAUUCUGGUAUUAUGUUCAGUCCAUUGAACACUUACAGGCCCUGAAGCAGGAAAAACAGAUUGAUAAUCUAGUUAAAUAUAUGGAUGAAGACAGGAACUGCACUUUGAAAAUGAAAAACCUGACAAAGAAAGACUCGGGAGAAUAUUGCCUUAGUUUUCUUAGUAAUGAUGGCAAAAGAUUCCCUGGUAGACCUGGAGUGGUUCUGAGUGUUACAGAUCUGCAGGUAAGAGUGAGUCACUCUGCAGUGGCAUCAGAAGGACAGACUACAGUAACGCUGAGCUGUAUCACCUCCUGCACUCUGUCUAACAACCCCACUUACAUGUGGUACAAGAACGGACAGCCUGUUACUAGCAAUCUCACCAAACACAACAAGCUCUACCUGAUCUCCAGUGAAGAUGCAGGCAACUACUCCUGUGCCGUGAGAGGACAUGAUGAUCGCCACUCUUCUGAACAAACUGUGACACGUGAUGAGGAGAGCUCAACUGAGGUGUCGAAGCUGCAUGCUGUAUGGGGAGCCGCUGCACUCAUUCCUGCUCUGCUUCUCUCUCUUCUUACUGCCGUUCUGUGCAUUAAGAGGAAGAGAGGAGCAGAGAGAGACACAGACAUUCAGAGUUUUGCUAUGGCUGAAGAUGAUACAUAUACAGCAACAAACUCCAUUUCUAUGUUUCCGGAUUAUGACACUCUGCAAAAUGAUCAAGGCUCUGCCAGUGGCACUUACACAACCCUGAACCCUGCAACCAUGUCCUCUGAUUAUAACACACUAAGGAAUGAUCAAGGCUCUGUCAGUGGCACAUACACAACCCUGAACCCUGCAACCAUGUACUCUGACUAUGAUACACUAAGGAAUGUUCAAGGCUCUACCACUGACACUUACACAACCCUGAAUCCUGCAACGAUGUCCUCUGAUUAUAACACGCUGAGGGAGGGAGGUGUCUGACUCAGCAAGAGGAGAAAUAUCUCAUAACUGGAGAAUGAUAACUAACAGUUAGUUACUUUACAUUCAGCACCAUGCAUAGCACAGGAAGGAUGUAUUUGGAUUUCAUCCCCUGAGGACACAUCCCCACAGUGAAGCAUGGUGGUGGUAGCUUCAUGUUGUGAGUUGCCCUUGGCAUCUUGUUUGCUUCUAUAUCUAGUCCCCUCUUUACUCAGUCAAUGGCUUUUGGUAUACGGCGUCCUCCAUACGUUUCUUCACUUCACUGCUUCACGGGAAAGUCAAUAAACAAGUCCUGCAGUGAUGCUCAAGGAGCAAUAGGUAAUUUAAAAAAAAAGAUUUCUAUUUAUCUAUUUUGUAUUUCAAUCUUUAAUUUGUUGCAUUUUUAUCAGUUUUGUAAUACUCAGUAUACGCAGUAUAAAUAAAGUUUAUUAAUGUUUUGUUGCAUUUUUAGCCAUUAUCUAUCCAUAGUUAGUCCCAGUGCUGGUUUCAACACAAAUUACAGACCUUGCGUCAUUUGCAUGCCAUUUCAUGACACCACAGUUGAAAAUUGUGUUUGGUCAAAUCGAAAUAUGAUAUUAAUAACUAUUUAAAUUACAAUAUCAGUGUAAUCUCAUAUGAUUAAACUGCACAUCAUUUGGUAUCAGAAGAAAUUGCAUGCAAAAAGGAAAAAACAUGGUAGAGCAAUAUGUUCAAAAGAUAUGUCACAAAUAUCUUAUGGCAUUGUUAGACAGAAAGUGUGUUGAAAAGUGAUUAAAUAGAAUUAAACAGGAGGAAUGUGAGUUUUAAUGUGAGAAAACAUUCAACAUCCUCCAACUGCAAGCUAGUUGCAUAUACAGGCCAUAAGAUGGUGCCAUUGGCCAUUGAGUUAAAGAGAAUGAUACAGGAUUGAGUACAUCUCAAUCAUAAUCAUGAAAAAUAAUCAUAAUCAUGAAAUCAUACAGCAGGAUACACCAGUAAUACAAUUAGUAGCACAAUUACUACCUUAUAAAGCCAGGAAUGGAGAACAACUCAAAAUUCAUCUGAGAUUCAGACUACAAUGUUUAUCUGUUUGUGAGUAUCUAUGAAUAUAUUAAGGAUGUAACAAAAUACCACUAUCUGUAUCUGUUUAGUGCUCUAAAUAUCUGUAUCUGUAUUCAAGUUUAAACCUGAAGUGCACCUGGAAAGGGUUUUUUGUUUGGUUGGUUUUGUUUUUUUAUGAACCCUACCACUAUGACCACAGAAACUCUGAAAACACUGAAAGUGUGACAGUUCCUCAACCUCAGCUACAUCACUCAAGUUCAAGUAUAAUUAUCAUAAUUCUUGUAUAUGUAUAUAUAAUCAUAAUUCUUCUUCCAAAUAUAAGUUUAAAAAAUAUCUCGAAAUAGUUUUAAUACUCAUUUCAAGCUUUACAUUUUCUUGUUGUAUUGGCAUAUAAUUUUGCUUCUUUCUACAAAUAAAUGCUUAAAAUUAGCAAAAUUAUAUGCCAAUAGAACAAGACUAUUUCAAGACUAUUAGUAAAAAUGUCUAGAGCUAGGUUUUAUUAAUCUUAUAUUUGUUUUGUUGUAAUCUUGUAAUAGGAAAUACCAGAUAAAUUUGACUAU